AUGGCUAAAAGUAAAUUUGAGUAUGUGCGGAACUUUGAAGAAGAUGAUUGUUGUCUGCCCAACUGCUACAUCAUCAUUCGUAUUGAUGGCAAGAAUUUUCAUCGCUUCUCUGAUGAGCAUGCAUUCCAAAAACCCAAUGAUGAACGAGCUCUCAUGCUGAUGAAUGCAGCUGCUUGUACUGUCAUCAAGGACUUCAAGCCUGAAAUCCUCAUGGGCUAUGGACAGAGUGAUGAAUAUAGUUUUGUCUUCAAGAAGUCCACCUCCAUCUACAAGCGACGGAAGUUCAAACUGCUGACCAAUGUCCUUAGCUUGUUCUCAUCUGCAUAUGUGUUUCACUGGAAAUCUCAUUUCCCUCACACUAAAAUGAAGUAUCCACCCUCAUUUGAUGGAAGAGUGGUGCUGUAUCCAAGCCUGGAAAACCUUCGAGACUACAUGAGCUGGCGGCAAGCUGACUGCCACAUCAACAACCUCUACAACACUGUCUUUUGGGCCUUGGUUUUGAAAGGAGGUUUGGUUCCUCGUGAGGCACAAGAGCGUCUUCGUGGCACUGUGUCAUCUGACAAGCAUGAGAUUCUUUUCUCAGAAUUUGCCAUCAACUAUAACAAUGAGCCAGAACUCUUUCGAAAGGGUUCUGUCAUCUACCCGCAAUGCUCUGGUGGUAGUGAAUCAUGGAAUCUCAAAGUAUUUGGACAGGCAGCAUUGUUUGUAAUAUCCUUGAUGCAUUCGAAACUCAAGAUCCCAUUCUCAGGAAGAAACCCAGAAUUUUCCAGGAGGGUCACUGCAGUGAAGCCACAUUUACUUGUACUCAACAAAGUUGACCUCAUUCCAAAGCAUGUGCGACCCAAAAUUGAGGAGAGGCUCCAAUCUCAAGGAUCUCGUGUUCUCUUCACAACAAACAGAAGCCAAGGAACUAAAGACAGCAUGAGCAAGAUCCUGCCAACAGUGAAAGAGCUGAUAGAAGGAUCUGAAAGAUACAACAGAACCUUCUCAAUAGAUUAUUCUAUCAUGGUGAUAGGCAUUCCGAAUGUUGGGAAGUCCACCAUCAUCAAUGCUCUUCGCCGUUUCCACUCUCAUCGAGAUGGAGGAGCCAGAGUGGGAAAACUUGCUGGAGUGACCCGAGGAGUGUCCCGACUGAAAAUCCAGGAAAAUCCUCCCAUAUACCUCCUUGACACUCCUGGCAUCAUGUCUCCUCAAAUAGCCACUGUUGAGACUGGCCUCCGCCUUGCACUCUGUGCCACCUUGAGUGAUCAUCGAACUGAUCCAGUUGUUGUGGCAGAUUACCUCCUUUUCCUCCUGAACAAACAAGGCAACACCAGGUAUGUGUCAUACUUGAAUCUGGAAGAACCAUGUGAUGAUAUCCAGAAGGUGCUGAAGUCUGUGGCUGCUAACAAGAACUUUUACCAGACCAUAGGAAUGACAACUGGGAGAUACGAGAAAUUGCCUCAUUUGGAGCAGGCAGCACAUUACGUGGUGAGGUCUUUCCGUGAGGGAUCUUUGGGGAAAGUAUUUUUGGACUCUGACUUCCUGGAACGCAAUAUGGAUGAAGCAAGUUCCAGUCAACGGACGUGA